AUGUCGCUGAACGCCACUUACGAUGCCUACGUUCCCUCCAGCUUCAAGGAAUUCUUCGCCAAGGCCAAAUUCCAACCAGCUUACACUCCAUUCAACGACAUCCGACUCAAGACAUUGACCCCCGCUCAACAAUCCUCCUUCGAUCUCGCGCAGAAGAUCACUGUUCCGGGGAUGUUCCACCACUCUAUCCGAUGCUUCUACUUCUCGCUCUUGAUGCUGAGGAAUGGAUUUCCGUCGAACACCCCGGGGGUGCCACAGAUUAGCUCGGAGGAAUUGGUGAACAGAGUGUUCCACGCGUGCAUCCUGCACGACCUGGGGAUGACACAGCAUAGUUCUGCGCUGAGUCACCCGGCGUGUGGCAUGAGCUUCGAAUUGCACGGUGGAAUCAUGGCAUAUGAACAUCUGAAGGACAUGGAACCCAAGUUGCUACCAGAACAACUUGGGGACAUUGUCCAAGGGAUCAUGCUGCACACCAUCCCAUUCACAACCGGCAGAUCCUCUGCCACAGGAUUCCUAGUCCAAUUGUCAGCAUUCUUUGAUUUACAGGGAUACCAGGGACUCGGGACUUCCUUAGCUCAUGUAUUCGACAAGCAAACAGUCCGGGAAAUAGAGAAGAAAUAUCCCCGUGGGUCUCUCGUUACGGAGAUUGUGGACCAACUACACGGACAAAUCAAGGAGAAACCAAACUGCCUAUUGUCGCACAUGGUAAGAUGUCUUCCAACUCAGAUGGGCGCCAGUUCUCAUGACACACGCACACCUAUAAAGCCUUUAGAGUUCGCAAGCCGAGCUGCAGCUAUAAAGUCUCUCUUAGCCGAGUAG